UUCAGGGACCAUGUCAAAUACUUUGCUUUCAAAUUUGACAAUGUCUUGGACUCGGAUCUGAUACAGAGCUCUCUGAAGGGGCUUCUUGAAAUCGACCAUUGGCGCAAGCUCGGCGGCCGGAUAAAGUUGAAUGAAAAUGGUCGAAUCACGCUGCACGUACCAAAGAAUUUCGACUCGCAGAACCCAGCAUUUGCCUUCCAUCAUGAAAAGUACAAUAUGGCGGUUUCUGGCCACACUAUCGCUGCGAAGUUUCCCCCAAUCAAGCAAACUCAACAAUCAAUAGUUUAUCCAAACGACGACUUCCUAGCAACUUUCGCGCGGAUAGAACGGGCACCUAAGAGUAUUCAUGAGUUCAUCAAGUCUGGGAGUCCGGUACUAAGCGUACUGGUUUCAUCCUUUACGGACGCAACAAUUGUUGGGCUUUGCUGGCCACAUAUACUCAUGGACGGUAUCGGAUUUAGCGAGUUUUUACACAACUGGUCGCUCGUUUUAGCUGGCAAAGAGGACAAAGUCACUACGCCAAUAGAUAUAAAUUGCGACCCAAUGUGGGAGAUGGCUGAUCCGGCACGUUUCGAUAUCAAAGAGGACUGGGCUUUUAGUCGACAUCAGCUUCAAGGAGUCGAUCUUCUCAGGUUUCAACUGCGGUAUUUAUGGAACGCAAUUUUUCGUCCACCGCCUGAACGACGCAUGCUUAUGAUCUCAAAUGAUGCUUUCCAUCGACUUGUGGACAACACAAGACUGGAGCUGAAGAAAUGGACCGAGGAGCAAGGCGAAUCACAACUACCUUUUAUUAGCGAAGGUGAUAUCUUGACUGGCUGGAUAAUGAAAGCUGCGAACAAGCAUAAGACCUCGCGCACAUCACGACCUAUAAUCCUCGGUCAAGCGUUCAAUCUCCGACCAUAUUUACAAGAGCAAGUCAUUAACCCUCCCGAAAUCGUACAAGCGAAUGUUGAUCGCAAAGGAGUCUACAUAUCAAACAUGGUGUCUGCAGUCUAUACACUUCUACCGCGGGGAUUUUUACAAGAUGAACCGGUCUUUCAAAUUGCCCUUGAACAGCGGAAGGCAAUACAGCAACAAACAACGGAGAAUCAAGUACUAGGGUUAUUGCGACACCACAGAGAGACCUUCCAACGGACUGGUAAAUAUCAACCAAUUUUCGGCACGCACGACAGCGAUCUAUAUUUUGUGACAAAUGCGAUAAAGCUUCAGCUUCAGCAUAUGAUCGAUCUCUCGCCAGCGAUAGUCCAAGAUUCAGAAGAAGGAGAUAGUAAGGAUAUGAUUCGCAGUAAAAUUUCUUCAUAUGUGUCUGGGUUUCAAAACCCUAAUGCUGUGUUCCCUGGGAUUAUUAUUCUGAAAGGAAAAGAUCAAUUCGGGAACGUAUGGAUGAAUCCUACGUUACAUCGAGAUUGCUGGAAAGGUGUAGAAGAAGAGAUCCAGAAA